UUAACGGUUGUUUGUCGAAGUUGUACGUUUUUUAAAGCUAGCUAACGUUAGCUGAACUUUAAUUAACGGUUUGUUUCCCCGCACACAAACAAAGAUGGAGAACAUCAGCCUUGUUGACUUGUUGAAUUUAGCUAUUGGGACACCUUCCAAGGGAGCUGUCAACUUCAGCGCCCUCUACGCCCUGCUCAAUGCCAUCCUCCGGCAGCUGGAUAUCCGGGAGAUGAAGACCGGGUGGACGGACACUUCUCCCAGGGACGGGCCACCUGAGUCUCUGGUGGCUGUCCCCGCUCCACAGCAGGUGGACAAGCACACGGAGGAGGAGGAGAAGCAGCAGGUUCAGAGUGACAUCUCGACGGGGCUGGAGCUGGAGGUUCAGCCCGGCACCGAGCUGCAGGAGCGGGUAGAUUCCUCCAUGUGUCUGGUCCUCUCCUCCGGUCCUGCUACGGACGGUCAGGGGAGACUCCUGCGCCGCAUCCAGACCUGCGAGGACGGCCUGUCCGAGGCCAUGAAGCUUAUUCAGGAGCUCAACAACCAAGGGAACAAUCUGAAGGAAGAGAGGAGGGAUCUCUGCCAGCAGCAGGUUGGUGCUGAGGCAGUUAGGAUCUCCGAAGUGGAGAACUGCUGCUACCAGGUGGACGCUCUGCAGGAAGCUGUGAAAUCUCUGAAGGACACAUUCCAGAAGUUUCCGGCCCCCGAGGAGCUGAGUCAGUGUGUGACCUGGGACGUCAUGCAGUCGUCGCUGCUCAGUGAGAGAGAAAUCCUGCAGAAGGACCUUGUAAAUGCAGGACUUAUCGAUCCAGCCAAAGGGAUCAGACCCACACACACACCUUUCCACGGCAGCUUCACUGCUGCAAACACAACGCCUUCUCACACCAGCACACCCUCCUCCCCCGGCCCCCUGGAGGACCCCAGCAGGCCCACAGCUCCUGGUUCUCUGGACACAGAGGCUCCUUCAGUCCCAUCAGGGCCCCCACAGCAGACUGAUCCUGAAACAGGCGGGACGGCUGCUGCUACGCUCCUGCCUCGAAAGGCCAGCGGCUCGGAGCGUUACACAGAGACGGUGGAUGCCCUGAGGAACAUCGGCAAACUGAAAGAGAGUUUCAGCAAGCUGGAAGCUCGAGUUGCUGCGCUGGAACAAGGAAAGCUGGAACCGUCACAGCUGAAGCACCUGAAAGAGCUCAUCACUAACAAAGGUUCACGGAAUGCAUCAAAUAACAUGAUGGAUCAGCUGAACCAACAGAAAGCUCUAAUAGACAACCUGAUGAAAGACCGGGAAAAGAACGGGGAGCUGGUGAACGACGUGCAGAAUGCGAUCCUGCAGCUUCAGACAGACUGUGAAAAACUUACUGAAACCACAAGAUUUCUGAACGAGGACAACAGCCAGAAACAGAGCCACAUAGAGGAGCUGUACAAGACAACGGAAGAGCUGGAGGAGAAGAAGGCCGACAAGCAGAUGGUGGAGAGUGAAAUCAAAAAGGCAGCUAAAUAUGAUCUGGACGGCAAAGUGACCCGCCUGCAGUUUGACUCGGUGACGGAGCAGCUGAACGCCAUGUUCCAGGAGCUGCUGAACAAGGUGACAGGCCAGGAGCAGGACUGGCACAAAGUCAUCGAAAGACUCUCCUCCGACAUGGAGUGUAAGUUGAACAGGAUAGAGCUGGCCUCUGUGAAGAAGCAGCUGGAGGAUCGCUGGAGGAACAUCCACGAGAAGCUGCAGGAUCAGGGAGCUCCAGAGCAGGAGGACGCUGCUGGUAUCAGAAAACAACUGGUGGACAGAUUUCACUGCCUCUCCUGUGACCGGCCUGUGGCCAUGCACAACUCCGGACAACACGUGGUGAAGCUGUCGUCUACUGCUGGAUUCCCCUCUCACAGGUCCAUCAGGCCGUUCACUGUGUACGCUCUGGAGCAGUUCAGACAGCACUACAGGAGCGAGCGUGUCUCUGAGAUGACGGACUACAGUCACCUGGCCGUGUUGCGGAGCUGUGGUGGGAGUCACACCGUCACCUCGGCCAGCCAGCGGCGCACCAACCUGCAGACCAACAAGCACCCCCCCCCAGGCAGAGGUAGACUGCGUCAUUCAGUCAGAGGAAGUUGAUAUCGUCGGACUGGAUGGGCAUAUUUACAAGGGUCGCCUGAACGCACCUUCCAUCAGAAAUACAGAAACAAAACUACCUACAAUCCCCACCAAGGACGGCAUGUGCAAAACUAAAGACAAAGCCAAGUGCCCCCACAAACCCGCUGCCUCCCCCGAAGGUCAUCACCCCCACAGUGCCAAGAGCAACCAGGGUAGCCGCUCAGCGUCCAGCCUGUCGGGGCGGGACUGGCCGGUGUCGGCUCUGGGCUGCACGUCUCAGAGCUCGGUCGCUGCAGCAGAGAGCAACACGGAGCCGCCCGCUGACGCACCGCUCGACCUGUAGGGGGCACCACUCAGCACUGUACUGUUUUAAUAUGUAGUUAACUUCUGCACAGAGGAGGUAACCUGCUUUAAACCUUUUAUAUUUUUUGCUUAUUUUAUUUGUUGGAACUGUUUUUGCACUACAUGUCCCAUAAAUCACCUGUCAAACA